GGUGAUCAGAAGUGGAGAGGCCAGGCUGGUAGCUAAGCUACGGAUUGUUUAUCUCUCCUGCCCAGAUGUAACGUGAUCCGUAUCCUACACCGGGCUCCGUAAUAUCAGGAUCCAUAGCUGAGGAACCCGGGCAAGUGACGUCAGUGAGUGCGCCCCUAAUAGGAAUGCCCCUAUAGUUGUAUUAGUGGCUGAAGACUGGGACGUGUAUGAUGGCAAGCUUCUCGGCCGAGGAUGAGGUCUCCCUCCAGUCCAUGGUUAGGCAGUUACUACAGAGUGUGAAGGAAAAGCUGGCUAGUGCCCCAUCAGCCGAGUGUGCGGAGGAGAUCCUGCUGCAUCUCGAGGAGACCGAUGAGCACUUUCACAACUACGAGCUGGUGAAGUACCUGAGACAUUACAUCAAGAGCUCCCUGGGAUCAGUGAUUGAUGAUGAGACGGAGAGUUGCCCCAUCACCCAGACUCCAGGAGAGGGAUCUGGAUAUUACGACACGCUGGUACAACGUGUUACCAAACGGACUCGAGAAUCCAAGGAUUACGCGGAAAUGAUGCUGUCAUUGAAGAAUGUGAUGAUGGCUGUGGUGGAGACACUUCUCAAUAAGUUUGAAGAGGAUCAGGCCAGGAACCGAGAAAUGCAGAAGAAAGCCUUGCAUGAGCAGCACAGCAGUAGAUACACGGAUAACUGCUCGGAUAGCGAUUCCUCUUUCAACCAGAGUUAUACAUUCAUGAAUCAGGAACAGUUACAACUAAUUGCUGAGCAGCUGGAUCCCAGUCAGCCGGAGGAGGUGCGGAACGAGGCCAUGCAAACAUUGUGUUCUGCUCCCCCAUCAGACGUUCUCAAUUGCGAGUGCUGGAGCGUGCUUCAUAAAAAUCUCAAUUUGGCUCUGGCUGAUCCGAACUCCACGUUCACAGAAAGAAUUUUACGCUUUUAUGCAAAAACAUUCUCUUCAUCUCCCCUGAAUAUGGCGCGUGAAGUCUACACAAGCUUGGCGAAACACUUAGAAUCGUCAUUUCUUUCAAGUCAUAAACCAAUAUUAUUAACUGGUGUUGACAUCAACAACCCCGAAGUUGUCCGAACACUGAAAAAAAUUCGCCUUUUGAAUGAUUACCAGAAGGAAGUUCCAUCUUUUUGGAUCAGACAUCCUGAAAAGUACAUGGAAGAAAUUAUAGAGAGCACAUUGUCUCUGCUAUCAGUUACUCAGGAAUCAAGCCCACAAAUGCUUCUCGAUCCAGUUUUCUACUUGUCAAUGGUCGAUACCAAGGCUAUGUGGUUCAAGAAAUGGAUGCACGCCUAUUACAGCAGGACUGUGGUGCUGCGUCUUCUUGAGCAAAGAUAUAAGUCUUUGAUAAUUGCAGCGAUUGAACAGUGCUUCUGUUAUUAUGAGUCCUCGCAGUCGGGAACUGAUGAAAACACUAAAGCAGCAUCCUCCCAGCCAUAUCCUGGUGCUAAACAGAAGACUUUCUACUCAAGGAAAGAGCUGCAGUAUUUGUACUUUGUCCAUUCACUAAAUGUUCUCGGAAGGCUACUGAUCUAUAAGCAUGGCAGAAAACUGUUCCCUAUAAAACUGAAAAACCGCAAAGAAUCUGUGUCCCUGUGUGACCUGGUCGUGCUUUUCACCCACAUUAUGUUGUAUUGCCCAAAUGGACAGAAAAGAGCACUUGGAGCCUAUGCAGGAAGCUAUGCUCCAGCACAUCUAGCUAUGGAAGUUCUCAAAAUGCUCUGUGAUCGGAAGGAAUGUGCCAGUGAAUGCCUGUACAAUGGGGCCGUCAUAGAGAGCCUGCUGUCUCCAAUACGAAAGCUUCUGAAAGCAAAGAAGGUUCACCAAAACUGUGAUGAAUGCACAUUGACAUUUCUUGCUGAUAUUUUGGCCAGGAUCGCCUCUAAUGGAGCAGGGCUCUCAUUACUUUUCUAUGGAGAAAAGACAGGUUCUACCAAGGACAGUACUGCAGGUGCUCAUGUGAUUGCCCAAUUUUCCAAGAAACUUCUCAGUGACGAUAUUACUAUCUUCACGGAAUCCAAUCUACUGCCUGUCCUGAAAGGAUCAUUCCUAUUUGUGUGUCGUCAGAUGUACCAAACAUGUGAAGGUCUCCAAGUGUUAGCUCCUUACCAAUUGCAUGGAUGCAUUGCAGGAGCCUGGAGAAAGACCGUUUUAAUUUCCGAAAGGACUCCAACCCCUGUCGCAGGAGCCGUGUCUCUUUCCGAGAGUCAGGAUUCCCAGGGGAUAAUGCUUUGGGAGGAAUCUUUACUGGACAGUUUGUUAAACUUUGCCUCUACUCCAAGGGGGCUUCUCCUUCUCCAACAAACUGGAGCCAUCAAUGAAUCCAUACAUUAUAUGUUUGGCAGAUUUACAAAAAAAUUACAGAUACAACAGGUAAACAGAAGUGAAAAAUUUGGCUAUGGGGUUUUGGUUACACAGGUAGCCACAACAGCCCCUGGUGCAGUAGCCCUCCAAAAAUCAGGCUUCAUCCAGGCUUUUGUCUCUGAGUUGUGGGCUGCUCUUGAAUGUGGAAGGGAUGAUGUCAGGGUUAUUCAUCCUAAACCCACCCCUGUGGAUCCUAUAGACAGGAGCUGCCAGAAGUCAUUUCUGGCCUUGACGAACCUACUUUCCUCCUACCACGCAGUUUAUGAGCUUCUAGGAAAGCAACAUUUGCCAUCAAAAGACGAGUACUCCCUUCGUGAAGUCCCUUCAUCCUUUGUUGAUAUAUUUGAUCGGCUUGUCAUUGUAAAUUCAGUCGCUAAAAUGAAUUCAUUAUUUAACUAUGACCAGUCACACAUUUUUGGAUUAAGAUUAUUAAAUGUCUUGUGCUGUAAUCUGGAUACUUUGUUACUUCUGGAGUCCCAGUACAAAGUAUGCGAGAUGCUUUUUAAUACUCAAAGGGAAAACUCCACAGACUCCUCCACAGGUUCACAGAAUAUCAUUAUAGAUGGUCUUUCUGUGGAGAGGAACCAUAUUCUGGUGAGGAUGAAUGUAAUUGGAGGACCACAUGAGCGCAUUUUACCUCCUCGAAUAAUGCUUCAGAGUAACGAUCCAUAUCCUUGGCCAAUGUUUUCAUCCUAUCCCUUACCAAAGUACUACAUACCAGAAGUAAUUCGAACUGAGGAUCCUAAACAAGACCAUGAACUCUUGAGGUUUCUUUCAUCUGGAAGCACAGACCAAAAAGUGACUUGGUUAGACAAUUGUAAAAGACUAUUCUGUAAAACGAUUAAAACCAGGCCUGGAGUGUUAAGAGGAUCCGUAUAUGGAGAAUUAUUAGAGAAGUUCAUAUCUCACGUUUAUGACAUUCCAUCCCACUGUGUAUUUGAACGUUCUGAAUAUAAAGAUUCACAUUUACUAAAUGAAAGUCUUACUCCAUCCCAGCAACUGGGCGUAAAGAUUGUUAUCAGGUAUGGUAGACACCUAGGUGUUCUGACAGGUAGCAAAGAGCAAGAUCUUACUCGGGUACUUCAACGGUGUGAAAAUUUCCUUCAACAGCAGCAAGUGUCUGUCAGUUCUCCAUUACAAUAUUUACAAGGAGGCUAUCCUGGCCUUGAUUGGUUUGCAUCUUCUAUGUUCUUAAUAAUGUCAGGGGAUGCCGAAAAAACAUUCACGUUUCUGCAGAAAUUCUCCAGUCUCCUCACCUCAGCAUAUCUGUGGCUUCCACGUCUGCAUAAUUCUAAACACUUGCCGGUGGAUAUAAGAGCAGCUGGAAUCCAUCCGAUAUAUUUUUGCACUGCUCAUUAUGUAGAGAUGCUGAUGAAGACAGAGGUACCGCUUGUGUUUUCAGCAUUUCGGAUGUCUGGUUUCACUCCCUCCCAGAUUUGUCAGCACUGGCUAAGUCAAUGUUUCUGGAACUACCUGGACUGGGGUGAGAUCUGUCAUUAUCUGGGAGUAUGUAUUCUCCUUGGAGCAGAUUACCAGGUCUACAUGUGCAUUGCAGUAUUGAAACACCUUCAGCAAGAAAUCCUACAACAUACCCAAACCCAAGAUUUACAGGUCUUUCUGAAAGAAGAAGCAAUUCAUGGAUUUAAAGUUGGCGAUUAUUUGGAAUUCAUGGAAAGCCUAGAGCAAGUUUACAGGCCAAUGGUCUUAAAAGAAAUGAAAAAAUGCUGCACGUAAUUGACCAAGCCACAGGAAAAAUACCAACCUUCUCACAGACUGAUGUUUUAAAGGGCAUCUGUCAGCAGAUUUGUACCUAUGACACUAGCUGACCUGUUACAUGUGCACUUGGCAGCUGAAGACAUCUGUGUUGGUCCAAUGUUCA